AUGUUGAUCCGUGCGGCUCUCCUCUUGGCCCUAGCCCUAUUGGCCGAGGCCGAUUAUGAUUAUACCGGAAGGGACUAUAUGAAGGACAAGGCUGAAAGGCUGAUUUUCGGAUUAUGGAGGGUAGCUGACGGAAAAAUUGUUCACGACAUGAUUGAUAACGCCCUGGCGGCAGGAUAUCGUACAUUCGACACGGCUCAAGGCUAUGGCAAUGAGGAAUACGUUGGACAGGCUUUCAAAGAACUUCUACCGAAACACAACUUGACCAGGGAAGAUGUUUUUAUCACCACAAAGGUCAAAGAAACAAACCAAGGGCCACUCGCCAAAGGGUCGAUCGAAGAGUCACUGAAGAAGUUGCAAGUUGACUACAUCGAUCUGAUGUUGAUCCAUUGGCCCGGAGCAUUGCCUGAUGAUCCCAAGGACCCGAAGCAUAAUGCCACCAUGCGAAAGCAGACCUGGCAAACUAUGGAAGAGUUCUAUGGGCAAGGUAAACUCAAGGCCAUCGGUGUAUCAAACUUCCUGCAACAUCAUCUAGAAGAUUUGCUCAGCUACGCCAAGGCGUAUGCUUGCAGCACAAGGACGAAGGACAAGGGUAGGGUCAACCCCACCUAUGAUGAGGCCAAGGUGGAGGAGCUGGCUAAGAAAUAUGAGGUGUCGACAAAGACACUUCAGUUCGCUUGGAUUCUCAACCAGGGAAUGAGCGUGCUUACACGUGCCUCAUCACCGGAUCACAUCCGCGCCAAUUUUGGUGCUGAUAAUGUGACAAUGUCGGCGGAAGAUGUGAACUCCCUGAAGACCAAGGAAGUUGGGACCAAGAUCUGUCUGAACCCCGCGGAAGUGAUCUAU